AUGCGCCUCAUCAACACGCGCACCUUGGCCCUGGCCGAGUUCUUUGGCGACGAGAUCCCGCGGUAUGCUAUCGUCUCCCACACGUGGGGCCACGAUGAAGUGACUUUCCAAGACUGGAAGGAGGAUCUCUGCGUAGCGAGGGAGAGACAGGGCUUUCGCAAGAUUGAUCUGGCCAGGAUCCAGGCUAUUGACGAUGGACUCGAUUACCUCUGGAUCGACACCUGCUGCAUCAACAAGGAGAGUUCCGCCGAGCUGUCCGAGGCCAUCAACUCCAUGUUUGCGUGGUACGAGUGCGCCGUGCGAUGCUACGCCUAUCUCUCGGAUACAGAACACUGGGAUAUAGACCAUUCAGGACGCCUUGCCGGGCCCGCCGGCGACGCAGAGCACAGCUUCAACGUCCUUUCGCGAAGUCUCUGGUUCACACGCGGCUGGACGCUCCAAGAACUCCUGGCCCCCAAGGAAGUCCUCUUCUUCGCCCGCGGCUGGAGACUCCUGGGCACCCGCAAGCUCCUCGCGGGCGUCAUCCAGAGAAUCACAAACAUUGACUGGAAAUACCUCCAGCCACGAAGUAGGCAACGCCUGUCCGACGCCAGCGUCGCCGAGCGCAUGUCAUGGUUAUCGUGCCGCAAGACGACUCGCAAGGAGGAUAUGGCGUAUUGCAUGCUCGGCAUCUUUGACAUUAACAUGCCUCUCCUCUACGGCGAGGGUGCGAAGGCUUUUGCGCGGCUGCAGGAGGAAAUACUCAAGACGUCGACGGACCAGUCGCUCUUUUGCUGGUCCUGGACCGAGAGCGACCCGGGGUCCUGGGUCAGUAUGCUGGCGCCGUCGCCACGGAACUUUAGAAACGGGCAGAAUUAUCACCCGGCGUACGACGCCUCGAGCAGGCCGGUGCCGUACUCCAUGACCAACUUUGGCUUAAGGAUACAGCUGACGCUGAUACGCCCUGCCGAUAUCCGUAUUUCCAACUUCGGCUUCCGGCCGCCGGAGUGUAUUGGUAUCCUGUCCGCCAGCACAAAGGACGGCCACCUCAUCGGGGUUCUCCUGGAGAGCACCGGCUUGGUAGACACGUACAGAGUCGUUCGAGAUUUCCCCCGACUCAUCUCGCUGCGCUGGACCACUCACGACCUCGGGCUCCUGAAGACCGGCAGCCUCAAGGUCGAAGUCCACGACAUAUUCGUCCCCUCAAAGGCACCGGGAAGCGAUCUCGGCAUUGUCCAGCUCAAGCCGCACGACUCGAGCUUUCACCUAGGCGAGUACGCCAUCAUGCUCCUCGUCAUGCACAACCGAGGCUCCGGCGUUGACAUCUUCACGCGCAUCGAGGCGAUACCGCGGUACACGGACUCCAUGGCGGGAUUUAUCGCCAUGAAGAAGUUCAAACUUCCCCAAUCACCUACGACAACGACAACAACAGCGACGAACUCGGCCGUCUUCAACGCAAUAGAAGCCCACGGCGCGCUCGUCCGACUCCACGCAAACUCCCUCAGCCAAAAGGACGGCGCUCUCUGGAUGCUCUUCGGAGUGCUCGUGAACAAGGUAGGACAGUCGUGGUGGAUAUUCCGGUACCUGGACGGGCUCGCCUCCACCUCCGGCUCUUCUGCCUCCUCAUCGUCCUUCUCGAUGACCGAGGCGAACCUAGAGAGGCUGCUGCGAGACGCCGCGACGAAUUGGCAGCCUUCAUACCGGGCCAAGACGCAUGCCUCCCCGCAGGCGGUGGAGAGCAGGCGGGUGACGAAGCGGGAUGCGAUUACGAUUACGUUUGGGCCCGAGUUUCGCGCCGAGGUGAAUGAUCGAAAGACGAUUGCCAAGGCUGCGCAUCUUAUUGUUUCGGGGGUUGCUGCUGGAUUAAGGACGGCGGAUACGAUCUAA